AUGUUGCGAAUAUUCACGAUCUUUGCCGGAGCAGUUGUGCUGUGUUUUACGCAAGAAGGAAAUAAUUCACGGAAAGGCCGCAGCAGAGGGAAUCCUGUAUUUUUACAGGCACCACAAGAUAUUCAUUACUACGUCACUCCAAACUACUCAGUAAACUUGACUUGGGUUGCAGAUCACGUCUGCAAGAUUCAGGUUAAGUGCGCUGGCGAGAAAUUUCGAGAGGGAGGUACAAGAGUGUGUGGAAAGUCUUGCCAAGGCUGCAGAAAGAGGAAAAAGACCAAAAUAGUAACACCAGCUGAUUUUCCAAAAGACACACGAACCAUAACAUGUCAAUGCAAAGUGUGGGGUGUCCGUGCCGUUCGAACGGAAAAAAUAAUAAUCGAAAAAGCAUAUCUUCGUCGUAAUUUCGGCAAAGUCCCGUCGUGUCGAGUGGUAUCUCUCAACUCAACAGUGGUCCUUCCAUGCGCGCCUCCAAUCGGAUCACCUCCGGCUAAAGUCACGUGGUAUAAAAUUGGCGAGUCAUCCUCCAUAUUUAGAAAUAAAGGGCGCAGGCGAGUACGCAAGGGACAGUUAGUAAUCAAAGGUGGCCAGGUGGGGGACUCGGGCGAGUAUCGGUGUGUUGCACAGAAUAUUGCCAGAAGACGUGAGGGCCCGGUGAUUAAAUUAGUUGUCGGAGAAAACGUCUCCAGUGCUCUUUGCAACAAAGACGAGCCGCCAUGCAUCAAUCAGUCUUCGCCAGACUGUGAAACAAAAAGAAAUGAGACAUUCAAAUUUGAACCAACGUUGUUGGUUGGAUCGCAAGAUGCUUUUUUCACAGUAGACCUGUUCAACAUCUCAAGUCGGAGACCCAUCAAAGCUGAGAACGUCUUUUCAUUUGACUUUUCUUGGGAACCUGGCCAGAUUUUCUGGUCGGACAGGAAAAGCAUAAAGAAGCUAUCCCUACAUGAUGGUAUAAGUAAGGACACGCCCUUUCUUUUUGAUGACGGCGGCUCAGUGGAGGGACUGUUUGUUCAUUGGGUGGCUAAAAAGUUGUACUGGACUGAUGGACAACAUAAUGCGAUUUAUGUUGGAGAUCCAAAAAGCGGAGUCAAAGUCAAAGUCAUCGACAAUGGCCCUGAUUCACCGACUUUGAAAUCAGUUGUUGUUAGUCACUCGGAAAGUUACAUAUAUUGGACGAGCUGGGCAGCAACACCAAUAAUCGAGCGAGCUAGACUUGACGGUAGCGACCGGGAAGUAUUUAUCAACAAUAGUGUAUAUCUUCCAAACGCCUUGGCAAUUAACGAAGCAGAUAAAAAACUUUACUUGGCGGGAACGGAUGCGAAUAACUACGGAAUUAUUGAAGCUGUUUCAUUAGACGGGUUAAACCGCACCGUGAUUUUCAACCGAACUGGAUUCAUCCCAACUGCUUUGGACUUUUACCAAGACUUUUUGUAUUGUUCGGACUCAAAGAAGAAUGCAGUACUACGCGUUUCUCACCAGGGAGGAGAGGGUACAGUUCUUAUCAAUGGAUUGAGAAACCCAAUAGGAGUAAAGAUUUUCCAUAACCGCAAAGAAAGUUCGGAUCCAUGUCUUAAAGACAAUGGCCGAUGUGAUCAAUUGUGUCUCUAUCUGCCGUUCCGUGGACGACACAGAUGUCUCUGUGAAGAGAACUUUUUCUUGAGUGAAAAUGGAAAACAUUGCAGCGAACGCCGUCAAUAUCCCAGCGAAGGAGUUACCGAAUCAACACCAACGCCAACCAGUGUGGCCCACUCCUUCCAGACAGGAAUACUGUCGAGUGUCAUCUUACUACUGGUGGUAGUGGGGAUAGUAUACUGUGUGGUUCGCGUCAUCAAAAAAGGCUGUCCGUGUCAAAGACCUCAAGACCUACCGCGCAUACCCAGACAGUCGACAAAUCCUGAUGACAGAACUGAACAGGGUGAAGAUUUACUCGAAAUUACCGACCAAACUGACCUUGAAAAUGCAGGCUCACAGCCACCUAAAGAGUCGUCAAAUCUUAUUGGUCGAGACUACAGUCGUGAGCCGUCAGGGUCAGUUGCAGCAUGCGAGGAUUCAUCACAAACCUCACCCAAAAGUUUGGUGGUGUACUUUGAACAACAUGGUGGCGUGGCAAUUCUAGGAGAUGAUGCCCAACUACACCAUCAUUCUUCUCCUCAGAGUUAACGUAACUAAAAAGUUACAAAGACAUUCCAUGAACUGAUUGGCACAUUUAAAGACUUAAGUCGCCAUUUUAAGAACAUGUCUGCAUUUAGGUUGGAGAACUUCACUGUGAAAUAACUCCGUCACAUCGUUAACUAUUUCUACGGUAUUAUUUAUUUCUUCAUUAUCUUGUCUUGAAUAGUUUGUAGCGAUGAUGUGUCUGCGAUUCUAUGUACUCCUCCUUUACCUGUGAAAGAAGUCUCGUUCAAAAU